AUGCAGCUUUCAAUAUUUGCACUGUGCACAGUGCUGUGCUCUCGGGUGCUCGGUCACCCCUAUACCUCCGAAACCACAUCAUGGAUUUCAGCCACAACGACAUCCGUGGAGGAUUUAUGGGCAGUCUCAAAGCCAACGGAGGCGGCGCAUCUCUACGGGAAACGCGGAUAUGAUGUGAUACUCCAAGCCAGAGAUACCACAACGACAACCGACUCUACUACAUCCACGGAUACCACCAGCGAUACAACCACAACCGAUGCAACAACAACCGAUACAACCACAUCGGAGACAUCUACUUCAACGACAUCUACGACAUCUACAACCGCAACCUCCACAUCUGAAACCUCAACCUCAAGCUCAACCUCCUCAACAUCUACAACCACAACAUCUGCAACAUCAACAUCUGCAACCUCAUCAUCCACAACUUCUACAUCUACCACCUCGACUACCAGCUCCUCAACGACAACAAGCAGCGCCUCAACGACAACAAGUACUGCAACUGCAACUGCAACGAGCAGUUCCACAGCGGAGCUAGACGAAUGGAACCGCAGGGGUAACAUAGCAGCAAUUGUAUUUGGCUGUUGUAUGAUCUCGCUAUUUGGCGGCCUCAGCCUGCUUUACUGUCUGCGUAAUAAAGCAAGGGCACGACGAAUUGCAGCUAGGAAGGAGCUGGAGUCCAGUCAGUCGUACUCGAAGAUCCCCCUUGUGGCUGCGAAACACAAUUCUGCCACUGAUCUCGAGCUUAAUCGCUCCUCAAUGAUGUUCACCAACAAGCCGGACACGGAAUAUUUCCCAGCGCGAAGUGACCCGUCGGUGUCAAAUUAUCACGGUCACAGUCACAACACCUCCACAACAUCUCAAACCACGGCGGGUCAAUCAUCUACUCGAUCUCAGACACCGCGAGCAUACAGUAAUGAGCAGCAUAUGCCUUUGGUUUGA